UCAGCGCGUAGAACACACUUCCACCGCCGACAGUGCAACAAAGAAAUAAAACAUCUCACAUGAUUCUCACACCUCGCUCAAGCGCGUGAGCGAUAAACACAAGAGAAACAGUUUUUUCACACAAGUUUAGUACUUACUUAAGAUCUAUGAUCAAACAUUAAUCAUCAAUUUUUUCAAAAAAACAAAUACUAAGAAAGAAAAACACACACACACACACACACACACACAGACACACACACACACAGAGAAACACACAUUUUCAUUCAACGCACAAUCACUGUUCUCUUCUUCCCAACAGCUCUCUCCUUCCCACCUAAAUCUAACUUCUCUCACAUCAAACCCUAAUUCCAGCAAAAUUUUGCCUGAACUGCAAUCCCCAAAAAUUACCAAAUUAAAAUCGAAACCCACGAAAUAGGAAACCUAGUAAUCACCCGGGCUUGAUCCAUCUCGUUCAAUUUCGUAAACAUUCAUGAAAAUCUGCGGAAUCCCAUUUACGAAUCACCGGAAUCUCGACUAAUUUUUUUAUCAAUUUUUUCGGUUCAUGCAAAUCUGAAUGGGACCCGAAAAGAAAUGGAUCUUCACCCUGUUCUCCGGCGCGUUCAUCACAUUCCUCAUAUUCCUAUCGUUCAUUUCGGGUUUCAGUUCGUCGAAUUACAGCGCGUUCCCACCGCACAAGCCGGCGGUUCAUCACGGGCCGGGCCAUCCGCCGGCGUUCGCCUACUACAUCUCCGGCGGCAGGGGUGACGUGGAGCGGCUGUUCCGCCUCUUGCUGGCGGUGUACCACCCGAGGAACAGGUAUUUGCUGCACAUUACGGCUGAGGGGAGCGAUGAGGAGAGGCUGAGGCUCGGAGCUUUGGUGAAGUCCAUGCCUGCGGUUCGGGCUUUCGGGAAUGUGGAUGUGAUUGGAAAGCCCGAUCCGAAUACCUACAUGGGGUCCACGAAUAUUGCGGCUAUUUUGAGGGCGGCUGCUGUUUUGUUGAAGGUGGAUGGUGGCUGGGAUUGGUUUAUUACUCUCAGCGCGUUGGAUUAUCCGUUGAUUACGCAGGAUGAUUUGUCCCAUGUGUUCUCAUCAAUUAGCAGAGACUUGAACUUCAUCGAUCACACAAGUGAUCUGGGAUGGAAAGAGGGUCAAAGAAUCCAACCCAUUGUAGUGGACCCCGGUAUUUACUUAGCCAGGAGAACCCAAAUCUUUCACGCCACCGAAAAACGUCAAAUGCCCGACGCUUUCACGGUUUUCACAGGUUCACCAUGGGUUGUCCUAAGCCGAUCCUUCCUCGAAUUUUGCAUAUUCGGGUGGGAUAAUCUCCCGCGGACACUCUUAAUGUACUCCACCAACGUAGCUCUCCCCCAAGAAGUCUACUUCCACUCUGUCAUCUGCAAUUCGCCCGAAUUCAAGAACACAACGGUCAAUGCCGACCUGAGGUACUUCGUGUGGGACGACCCGCCCAAAAUGGAGCCCCAUAUCCUAAGAGAAUCGGAUUACGAGGAUAUGGUCAAUAGCGGGUCGGCCUUCGCCCGUCAGUUCGAAAAGGAGGGGUCCGUUUUGGACAUGAUAGAUAAAAGAGUCCUCUUGAGGGGGCGUAACAGAGCGACACCUGGCGCGUGGUGUAAAGGGAGGAGGAGUUGGUUGAUGGACCCGUGCUCACUGUGGGGUGAUGUUAACGUUGUGAAAGCGGGCCCACAGGCGAAGAAAUUUGGUGGGUCCAUCGAUAAGAUUCUUGAUGAUCGGAACUCGCAGCCAAAUACAUGCAUGUGAUAAAAAUAUAUUCUUUGGUUUUUUCUUUUUUUUUUGGGCCAUGGUGUUAUUCUUUUGGGGGGGAAUCUUCUUAUUGCGAAAGCUCGUUUUUUAUGUUGGAAGAUAUGGAAAAACCGAAAGUCUUGAUUUUUGGGGCGUUUUGGGAUAGUAUUUAUUGUACAGAAAACCAGCCAAAUGGUCUUCCAAUGAUGCGAGGAGUUAUACCCCUUCCUUCGUAUGUUAUUUACGAUCCCUACCCUCGCCGAUUUGUUUUUUUCUUGCAUCACGAGUUUUUUUUUCUUCUUUCCUUCGAGUUUUUGUAGUUUAUUUUGCGAAAGAGCGCAGUUAGAACCCUUUGGAAUAUCCUAUGUAAAUUAGGGCAAUGUAGUAAGAAAAUGUUGUUGUAAUAUUUGAUCAACUUGAUAUAAAUGGAUUAUUUGAUUUCGGUUCGUGCAAAA